AAUAUGUUCCAUUUGAGCAGUUUUCACAUAUUGAAUAUCUUACUGAAGGUGGAUUUAGUAAAAUGGUCCAAUUAAUUCAUGGAACUCAAAAGAGCAACAUUUUAAUAGACGUAAAAAUUGUAAAGUUGUUCUUAAAAAUCUUAACAAUUCUGAACACAUCAGCGAAAUUUGAUUUAGCUCAAAUGUUGGCAUCAAUAGUAGAAGGAAUUAUGGAAAUCCAUAAGAGUGAUGUUAUACAUCGAGAUUUUCAUAGUGGUAACAUACUUACUAAAAAGACUGAUUUUAAUAUUACUGGCAAUGCAAUGAUUUGUGAUUUUGGGAUAAGUGAGCCAGCAGAUAUAUCAGAUAAUGAUGACGAC